AUGGCGGGGGCGGCCUGCGAGCCGGUGGCCAGGCCGAGCCUGACCUCCAUCUCGUCGGGGGAGCUGCGCAGCCUGUGGACCUGCGAUUGCGAGCUGGCCCUGCUGCCUUUGGCGCAGCUGCUUCGCCUGCAGCCCGGUGCCAUCCAGCUGCGCGGCGACCAGCUCGUAGUGGCCGGGCCCGGGGAGCCCGCGGCGGCGCGGGGGGGCUUCAACGUCUUCUGCGACGGCCUCGUGCGCCUCGACGGGCAGCUCUACCGCCUCAGCAGCUACAUCAAGAGGUAUGUGGAACUGACCAACUACUGUGAUUAUAAAGACUACAGGGAAACCGUAUUGAGCAAACCAAUGUUGUUCUUUAUUAAUGUACAGACCAAAAAAGACACCUCAAAAGAAAGGACAUACGCGUUUCUUGUGAACACAAGGCACCCCAAGAUAAGAAGACAGAUAGAGCAAGGGAUGGACAUGGUCAUCUCCUCAGUGAUUGGAGAAAGUUACCGGCUUCAGUUUGAUUUUCAAGAGGCAGUGAAGAAUUUCUUCCCCCCAGGAAAUGAAGUGCUCAAUGGGGAAAAUUUAAGCUUUGCAUAUGAAUUCAAAGCCGACGCACUAUUUGACUUCUUCUAUUGGUUUGGGCUCAGUAAUUCCAUUGUAAAAGUCAAUGGAAAAGUUCUGAAUUUGUCAAGUACAAGUCCAGAAAAGAAGGAGACAAUUAAGUUAUUUCUGGAAAAAAUGAGUGAGCCUUUAAUCCGCAGGAGCAGUUUCUCUGACCGCAAAUUCAGCGUGACUUCCAGAGGACCACUGGAGGUCUACUCCAGACCCUGCUCACCUGGGGAUCACCCGCAGGGGCUGCAGAACAGCAAGAGUUGCUGCCAGUUUCUUCCUCUCCUAUCCUCGUCCCAGAAGGGUUCAAUAGAUGACGUUUUUAACUGCAAUCUGUCACCCAGAUCGUCUCUGACAGAGCCUCUUUUGGCAGAAUUACCAUUUCCAAGUGUUCUGGAAUCUGAAGAGACACCCAACCAAUUUAUCUGAUUGGACUGAACAUUCUAGCAGUUGCUCCUACACCCCAAGCCUGUGCCAGACUAUGGGCUGGGUGGAGGGUAGGAGGUGGGAGGCAGGUACUUCCACCUGCGUGUCAGUCUCCAGCUCCUUCAUGGCUUCUAUGGAGGGCUCCUCUCUUCUGUUUCUGUGGAUGUAAUACCUUGGCAGGCCCAGGACAGCUAUUCUCCUGAAGGUUAUGGUUACUAGGAUGGAAAGGCCUUGGGCCCAUGGCACUGGGGGGGUCUGGGGCCGGGAUAUAACCUCUACUUUGAACCGUUCUCCAAAGAGGCAGAAAAGACCACAGAGUUCAGCCACCCUGAACAUUUUUCUCCAUACCCUGGGAGUCUUCCGAGCAGCCUUCGUGGGAGUGGUCUGACUGGGUGUUGACCCAGCAUGCUUUAUAAAUCAUGGUUUGGCCCUCUGCUUAGGGCAUCCAACCCCUUGAACUCAAACCUGUCAAACAAGGGGUUAACAGAUCUGUUCAUUUGCAAACCUGGCUGGGCAAAAGCCUGUGCCAUCUUUCAUUGGAAGGCAAAUAUGUUUUUCGUCCUGCCAUUUGAUACCUAUGAGAAACGCUCAAGGUUCACUGGAGAACUAGCCAGGUUGCUAGGACAGUAAUCCUGCCACACACUGCCUGAAAUCAGAACUCCCUCGGCCUCCCUCUUAACUGAGUGACCCAUGUAGAAUGAAGCUAGGUGAUGUGGUACCAACAAUGACAGGGGAAGGGUAUUGGACAUGGCAGUGUUCUCUUUAUAGAAAGCACAUUGUGUCCAUUGGGAAUUUUAAAUAAGCUUUUAGCAAUCUUAUCACUAAAAGCAAAAUAGAAGAAAGCUAUAUCAUUACCAUAACACAUUUUUCAUCUCAUGGCUACAAUGGAAUUCUCGAAAAGGAAAAAAAAUCAUUCUAUCUACAUAUGAAUACCUGCAUGAAUGAAUCACUACAUAUGCUUAUAAUGAGGAAGAGUUAUGGGUCCUGAGUGUAAUUUUUUUAUCCUUUCUUAAAAAGAGUUUCUGUAUUAUACAUUUUUAUAACACUCCUGAUGAUCUUUCCAUUUAUAUUUGAAAUGUUAUGUACUACAUUUGUACAAUUAAAACUUUUCUUAGCAUUCAACCUAGAAUUGAUUAAAUUUACGACUGAGGCUUCA